AUGUUUGGCACUUCAAGCCUAUAUGGCCAAAACCACCUGAACCUCUUCAACAACCGGCAACAACCUAAGAAGAAACGAAAAUCUCGGACGGCCUUCACCAACCACCAGAUCUUCGAGCUGGAAAAGCGUUUCCUCUACCAAAAGUACCUCAGUCCCGCCGAUAGGGACGAAAUCGCCUCCAGUUUGGGCCUGACCAACGCCCAGGUGAUCACGUGGUUCCAGAACCGUAGGGCAAAGCUUAAAAGGGAUAUGGAAGAAUUGAAGAAAGAUGUGGAGAGCGCAAAACUGCUAAGCGCGCACAAGAGCUUUCUGGAGAACGUGACUGAUUUGGGAAUUUUAAAGAAGAAGGCUGUUAUCAGCGAAGAUGAUUGUCCGAAGAAUCUUGUGGUUUCUGAGAAAUAGUGAUAAGAACGCUAGGUGUAUAUAUUUGCAUAGAUAUGGUCGUUGAAUGAAAUGAGAAAUGUUGGAUUUUGAAUUGUAAGCGACGGGAAGAAGUAAUUGAACGCCUUCAAUCAACGUAAAGCUUUCAUGGUGAAUAAAUAGCAUUAGUAGCCAUGGAAUAGCUUUGUCAGUCAGUCCGGAAGAUUCAAUCAACAAAUAAUCAAAUACAACAGCCAAGU